GAAGGGGAAGGGAAGAUCUGGGGCUGGCUGCCAGUGAAGCAUUGCUGAGUGUUAACACUCCAAGGCAUCUCAGAAUGCCCUUAUCAUAGGGAGCCUGAAAGUGUUUGAACUCUGUGACUCUGCAGUCAGGAGCAGUCUUGCAAGGAAAGAGUGUUUACUGAGGAUCUGGAGUAGGGAGAAAACUACAGCCAAGCUGACCAGAAAGACUGGAAUUUCAUCUACCUCUGCCUGUCCCCUCCCCCUCUCUGUCUCCCACUCACUGGAUUUCUUUCUCUGCCAGCCUUUUAAACCAGAGAUUACUGGGUCAGUGACGUUCAUUAUUCUUUUUAUUCUAGUAUGAUCUCGUGUUUGGCCGCCUGGAGAAACGCUGCUACCUGAUUAACAACACUUUAAAGCACUCUGAGGACACAUUCAUCAUUUUGUCAGGCUUAACCAAUGAAUUUCAUAAAAACCCAAGCAUAUUUUCAAAGGCUCCUGUCCAAAUUUCAGUCAAUGGGUUCAUCUUAAUAUAAAACAUGUGGUACAUAUUUACCUGUGGAUAACAUUUUGGUCCUUCAUUGUAUGGUGGAAGUCUGCUGGUGGAGAAAGAGAAGACUUCUGGAACAUUUUCACUGGUGGAAAAGAACUGUCUUUCCCUUAUAAUAUGAAGCCCAUUGAGAAAAGCUGGGUGUUUCUACUGCUGCCUUUAUUACUAAGAGUUGUAUGCGCCUCCUUUAUUAGUGUCAACCUUGGGGUGAAAGUGAUGAAGGGACAGUCUGUCUUCCUGUCAGAAGAUAACCUCAAGUUUUCCAUCCCCAGAGAGAAGGAUGCCUGCAAAGUAGAAGUUGUGAUCAAUGAGCCAAUAACACAGAGGGUUGGGAAACUAACUCCACAGGUUUUUGAUUGUCACUUCCUUCCUGAUGAAGUCAAAUACACCCACAAUGGCUGUCCAAUUUUAGAUGAAGAUGCAGUCAUGCUCAGGCUGUACAGGUUUACAGAAACUGAAACGUUUGUAGAGACAUUCAUCCUUCGUGUGCAGUUACUUGAGCCAGACUGUAACAUCAUCAAAAUGCGUUCCCGUGCCCUGGAGGUCCCUGAGUACUAUGGUCUGUCUAGAGCGAUUGACAAGAACGUCCUCACUUUUGACUAUGACAGGAAGAUAAAUCUGGAUUGCACCAUUUCCAUAGCCUCUUCGGAAACCUACCUGCCUGCUCAUGGGCAGCUCAUUGCUGGGGAAGUGCAGCAAGAGCAGCUCCGUGGGGAUCAGCCACAGAGCUUCUUCCCUGGCCCUAAGAACAGUCUGGGCCAGCAGUGCAGAAAUAAGAGCUGCACACCGGGACUGGGAGUCAUUCACAACACAAAAAUGAGCUGUGAAGAAUUUCUGCGGAUGGGGAUUCGAUAUCAGCAUCUUGACCCUCCCUCACCUGACAAUGACUAUAUUCCUGUGAGGUUGGAUCUCACAGACACCAGAAGCAAAACUCUGCACAAGACUGAGCAUGCAUGGCUUCCUGUUCAGAUUACAGGCGGUGCUCCCAAUCAAAUACCCAAAGCUGUCCCAAUGGCAAAGCUCACCCUGGAAGUGGACCAAUUUAUUUUAACCACCAUUACAACCACAACUGUCGAUGCUGAAGACAAUGAAACUCCAAAGUCCCUACUUGUAUUCAACAUUACCAAGCCACCUCCACGGGGCUUCAUCACGCAUCUAUCUGACCACACAAAACCUGUUGGCUCCUUCACAUGGAAAGAUCUCAGUGACAUGCUCAUUGCUUAUCAGCCUCCAAAUGUCAGCCACACAGAGAGGAGGAAUUAUGAGGUGGAGUUUGAGGUUCAUGACUUCUACUUUGAAAGGAGUUUACCAAUCACUGUGCAUCUUUCCAUCAGAACAACAGAUACAAAUGCUCCUCGGGUUUCAUGGAACACAGGCCUCAAUCUCUUGGAAGGACAAUCCAGACCGAUCACAUGGCAACACUUUCAAAUUGUAGAUGAUGACAUCCAGAGUGUUCGCUUAGUUACAGUUGAUGGCUUACAGCAUGGGAGGCUCACAGUGAGAGGAGGGAAAGGAUUCAUAUUCACAGUCUCUGACAUUCAGGCUGGAGUCGUUCACUACCAUCAUGAUGACAGUGAUUCUACUAAGGAUUUUGUGGUAUUUAGGAUUUUUGAUGGCUGCCACAGUAUUCGCCAUAAGUUUCCAAUCAAUAUCCUCCCUAAAGAUGACAGCCCUCCAUUUCUUAUCAGCAAUGUGGUCAUAGAAGUUCAUGAGGGACAGAUGAUCCUGAUUCAGAGCUCUAUGCUUCAUGCAUCUGACAUGGAUUCCAGUGAUGAUUACAUACUAUUCAAUAUUACCAAGCCACCACAGGCUGGAGAAAUCAUGAAGAAACCAGGACCAAACCUGAUGGGGUAUUCUGUCAGCAGUUUUCUUCAGAAGGAUUUAUUUGAUGGAAUAAUGUAUUAUCAUCACUUGGGAGGAGAAGUAUUUGAAGAUUACCUUGAGUUUGUGCUGUGUGAUAGCCAUGAACCCCCCAAUCUCUCAGAUCCACAGGUGAUGGUGGUGCACAUAAUCCCUGUGGAUGAUCAACUGCCCAGAGAAGCCCCGGGCGUGACCCGUCACCUGAUUGUUAAGGAGACUGAGAUUGCUCACCUAACUAAGAAACAUCUCUACUUCUUAGAUGUGGAAGAUCAGGACAGGGAACUCACAUACACCAUAACCACUUCCCCAUUUUUCUCUUGCACACAUGGCCACUCAGAUGCUGGGAAGCUCUUUAUGGUGGACACCAUCCCCAAACUAGUCAAGGACCCUGCUGCUCUUGCACUGCGGUCCUUUGCUCAGCAUGCUGUGAACUAUAUGAAAAUUGCUUACAUGCCACCGCUGCAGGACAUCGGGCCUGAACCUCAGCAUGUCCAGUUUAUUUUUUCUGUCAGCAAUCAGCAUGGUGGCACUUUGCAUGGGAUAUGCUUCAAUAUUACAAUUCUUCCUGUGGACAAUCAAGCACCAGAGGUUUAUACAAACCAUUUAAGAGUGGAAGAGGGUGGCCUGAGCCCUGUCACAGAGGAACACAUUCUCAUUUCUGAUGUGGACACAAAACAGGAGCAUCUCCUCCUCCUCCUGCAGAGACAGCCUCAGCAUGGGACGUUGGAACUGGAUGGCAUUCCUGUCAAUGAGGGCGACAGGCUUUCCUGUGGGGAUCUGCGUACCCUGGCAGUUAGUUAUCGGCACAAUGGCUCUGAGACUCUCACUGAUGAUAUCCUCUUUGCAGCUACAGAUGGCAUCCACUUUGUAGAGUUCAUUCUGCAGGUCAAGGUGCUGCCUGUGAAUGAUGAGCCACCUGUUAUACAGACAGGCCUUGUUCCUGUGCUCCACUGCCUAGAGGGUGAAGAAGUGGUCCUCUCCUCAGAGUACAUCUAUGCCACAGAUGCAGACAGUGAUGACAUGAAACUGAUGUUUACUCUGGCUCGCCAGCCCUAUCAUGGGCUGGUGAGGAAAGCUGGCAUUGCUGUGGAUCGGUUCACCCAAGCUGAUGUAAUCUCUGGUUUAGUCACAUAUAAGCACACCAGUGGGGAGAUUGGCCUGACUCCUUCCAUUGAGAUCUUAACCUUCAUUGUCUCUGACAGUGAGGCUGGCAUAGAUGUGAAAGACUGCUGUUAUGAUGGACCUCUUUCUCCUCCAGUUCCGCUUCAAGAUCCAUUUCCAGUAUAUGACCUUAACAUUACUGUACUUCCAGUGGACAACCAGCCUCCAUCAAUUGCAACUGGUGCAAGGUUUGUGGUGGAGGAGGGCUCCUCAGCAGCCCUUACCACAAACCAUUUGCUUGCCACUGACCCUGACACCACUGCAGAUGACUUAGAGUUUGUCUUGGUUUCUCCUCCUCAGUUUGGUUACAUUGAAAAUAUACUGCCUUCUCCUGGGUUUGAGAAGAGCAACAUUGGUAUAAGUAUAGCUUCGUUUCAGCUGAAGCACCUGAAAGCUCUGAAUAUAAACUAUGUACAAGCCAGGCAUGAGCAAAUGGAACCGACAGCAGACCACUUUGUGCUUUAUGUCACUGAUGGGCUGCAUCGCUCCGCAAAGACUCCAUUUUAUGUGCUGAUCAACCCAACCAAUGAUGAAGUCCCGGAAUUCAUAGCAGGAAAUAUUACUGUUCAAGAAGGGGAGAUGAAAGAGCUGGAUCUUUCUGUUAUCAAUGCAGUUGAUCUGGAUGUGCCUCAAGACCAUUUGGUAUUUGGGGUUGUACAGAGGCCUCUGUACGGGUUCCUUAUUAAUGGAGUUCAUGGCAAAGAUAUUCUAUACUACAGACAGUUAAUCAACCAUGACCACCACAGCCAUGAGUUGCUUGUUCAUGACUUUUCCAUGGAGCUACUGAAGAAUGGAAUGAAGCUGAUGUACAUGCAUGACAAUUCCGAAAACCUCACUGACAGCUUUAGAAUCCAGUUAUCAGAUGGGAAACAUAAAGUCAUCAGAACCAUUUCAGUAAAGGUCAUUCCAGUUAAUGAUGAGAAACCAGUGCUGAGCAAAAAGGAUGAUAUAGAGGUGAACAUGGGCGAAACUCGAAUAAUUUCCAGUGCUGUUCUGUCUGCAGAAGAUAAAGACACCCCCAGGGAGAGAAUUUAUUAUAUAUUUGAAAGACUUCCAGAAAACGGUCAGCUUCAGCUCAAGGUAGGCCAAAGCUGGAUAAGUCUCCAAAAUGGAAUGAAGUGCAGUCAGGAAGACCUGGAUAUGAACCUUGUGAGAUAUGUCCAUAUGGGAACUAUAGGCUCAAAGAACCAAGACAGCUUUACAUUUUAUCUGUGGGACGGGUACAACAGGUCCCCAGGUGUGGAGUUCUACAUAAAUAUCAAGGACAUGGAAAAGGGAGACAUUGCUGUUUUUAUAAAGCCUCUUACAGUGCCAAAAGGGGAUCAGGGCUACAUUACAACCGACGUCCUCCUUGCACUGGAUGGUACUGACAUGCCAGAGGAACUUCUGUAUGUGAUAACCUCCCCACCCCAGUAUGGACAAAUAGAGUAUGUCAGCUAUCCUGGCAUCCCCAUUACAAGCUUCAGUCAAAUGGAUGUAGUAAGACAGAUAGUUUGCUAUGUUCACAAUACAAAGGCAGUUGUUCCUGAAGAUACAUUCAGAUUCAUCAUCAGCAAUGGAAUAAGGACUAAGCACGGGACAUUCAAGAUCUCCUUGGAGGCAGUCGACCAAGCUUUACCCACACUGUCUAGGAACAUGGGGUUAAGAUUAGUGGAAGGCACUAUGGCACUCCUUUCUCCUGACCUCCUGCAGCUUUCAGACCCAGACACUGCCAAAGAAAACCUUACCUUCCUCUUGGCUCAGCUGCCCCAAUACGGUCAUCUCUAUUACCGAGGGGUUGUGCUACUGCAGCACAAUUUCACCCAGCAAGAUGUGGACAACAGGGAUGUUGCAUACAAGCACGGAGGUGGGGAUUCCCAGAUUGACAGAUUUACAUUUGUGGCAACAGAUAGGACAAAUCAAGGAUUCAUCGUGAAAGGGAGGGUGCAGAGUGAGCCAGUGGCAUUCAUCAUUCAGGCAAGUGUGACUACAGGCUUACUUAAAAGAGGUACAUAGCAUGGUAAGGUGGAUCAUUUGGACAAAAUGGCACCAAAAAUUAUUCACCUCCAUUGCUCUUCUGAUGUGGAACUGCUGAAGAAUGGCAAUUAUGGGAUCUACAUUACUGCCAGGUCCCUGAAGGCAUCUGACCCCAAUACAGAGGAUGACAAAAUAAUAUUCAAGAUUUUACAAGGUCCUCGUUAUGGCUACCUGGAAAACAUAACAACAGGUGGAUUUAUUCAGGAAAGUUUUAGCCAGAAAGAUUUAAACAGCAAAAUCAUACUUUAUGUCAUCAACCCAUUGUGGGAAGUGAAUGCAGACGACUUGGAGUUUCAAGUCACAGAUGCCAGUGGAAACUCAGCAGUGCCCCAAAGGCUGGAGCUACGGUGGUCUCGGAUUGAAAUGCAACAGACUGAAUAUGAAGUGUGUGAGACCAUGGGAGUGGUGUCUCUGAAAAUCACCAGGGCUGGACACUCCGCAGAGUCUGCCUUUGUGGAUGUGAAGGUGAACGAAGUAUCUGCUGUUCUGGGACAGGACUUUACAGUAACUUCCUCCAAGCUUGUUCAGUUUGAUCCAGGAAUGUCAACCAAGACAUGGAAUAUAGCAAUUACCUAUGACGGAUUAGAGGAAGAUGAUGAAGUCUUUGAAGUAGUUCUAAACUCCCCUGUGAAUGCUGUUCUUGGCACCCAGACAAAAGCUGUAGUGAAAAUUUUGGACUCAAAAGGAGGUCAGUGCAGCUAUUCCCAUUCUUCUGGCCAAAGCAAGCAUGACUACUGGGGGAAAGGCACACUGUUUCCAGUUUCCUCGGGCUCUUCAUCACUUCCCAGGCCUGGCAAUGCUCCCUUGGAAAGGAUCCCACUGCUUCCUUCAAAAAGGAUAAGAGAGAAUGGAGGGGACCCACAGCAGGAACACAGCUUGGUGAAUCAGAAAAGGACCAGGCUGAGAGUGACUGGAAAUGGCAGAAUAGUUCAUCCUUCAUCUGUAUUUAGAAAUGGAACUGACGUGGUUUUCAAACAUCACGGGAUGGUAUCACUCAAAAUAGAGGAUGACACCUCAUCAGCUAAAGCAAACAAGAAAUCUCAAGUGUCAGUAAUUAACCAAGCACAGUCACAGAUAAAUGUCAUCUCCUCUAGGAGCACAGAAAUCCCACAAGCUGAUAAGGCAGAACUGGCAUCUGGACCAAGCUCAAGACAUCAGGACUUCUACUCUUUCCCAAAGGCCUGUACAGAAGAUUUAAAGGGGCUCUUGCAUUAUGAAGAAAGCACUCAAAAGUUAUUUCAGUGUGAUGGGAUAAUAUGGCAAUUCUGGAAUUCCCAAAGCAAGGAGGUAAGCACGAAGAAAUGUCCCCCUGGAUGGAGCCAUCACAAGGGCAGCUGCUACUUGCUGGUAGUGAAUCAGAAGGUCACCUGGAACACUGCUGCUCGGGCUUGCAGAGAACGAUACCUUGGGACUCUAGCCAGCGUGGCUAAUGAACAAAACAUGCAGUGGCUGUGGGACUUCAGUGGGAGAAGGCCCUUUUGGAUAGGCUUGAGUGACCAAGUCAAUCCUGGACAUUGGGAGUGGAACGGAGGAGAACCUGUAACCUACAUGAACUGGAGGAGAGGCUCCUACCACUCUCCAAAGAAAGGAAGAAAUUGUGUAUUGGUGCAGAAGCAAGGAAAAUGGCAAGCAACUGACUGCAGGAAGGUCAAACGGAAGAGCUAUAUAUGUUCAAGAAAGCUGUAAAGAACAUAGGAUCCUUGUAAAAGCGUGCAGACAUUCAUGUUGUUUCAGCUUUACUUAUCUUCAGAAAUGUAAGGGUGUGCAGUCAGAAAACUGUCCUAAUUAUCAGUAGGAUUCAUUUUAUAUGCUACCAGUGGCACAGAUGCAUGGAACUCUAACCCAAGGAAUAGAGGUCAG